CGGUCACACUGAGAGCAAUUAUUUUUACUUGUAGCCGACUUUUGUUUUGUUUUAAUUAAAUUGAUUGCCAGCCAAUUGCUCAAAUUUAAGUCGACAAAAGCGGAAGGAGGGCAGACACACGAUGGAGGCGGUGCCGCGCUUGCAUAUGCUUUGGUUCGCCCUAAAAUCGAGUCCCGAAGGCACCUCGUUUGCGGCUUUGAAAAAGUACAUUGCUGAAUUCUACCAUGAGGACCCCGAGGCCUACUCCAAGGAAGUCCACGCCCUGGAGACGCUGCGCAAUCAGGCCAUGCGCACGACCAAGGAUGGAGCUCCGGUGAUGAAGCGCUAUUACUGCCAGCUCCACGCCCUCCAGAAUCGGUUUCCCCAGCUGGCGGACCGCGCUAUAUUCACCUUCACCUGGAAGGACCUUUACCACAGUGCCGUGCACGAGGUGUCCGACCUGCGAUUCGAAAGGGCAGCCGUGUUGUUUAACAUCGCUGCCUCACACACCCAAUCCGGGGCUUCGGUGACCCGCGGGGAUGUUGAUGGCAUGAAGAUGGCCUGCACCCACUUCCAGGCCGCAGCCUGGGCUUAUGGCGAGUUGCGAGAGCGCUAUGCGAAUGUCAAUAGUGGUGGGGACUUUAUGACCCAAGAGCUUCUGGUCUUUCAGCAACAGGUGUGCUUCGCCCAGGCUCAGGAGUGCAUACUGGAGAAGUCGCUGAUUGACAAUAGAAAGCCCCAUGUUGUUGCAAAGGUGACGGCCCAGAUUGUAGUCUAUUACGGAGCAGCUCUGGCCGCACUACUCACCGGCGGCGAUGAGGGUCCCGUAGCCCAGGUCAUCGACAGUUCCGUAUACAAGUUGUGGAAGAAGUACGUCCGCUUCAAAAUCAACUACUUGAACUGCAUCCUCUACCUGUACCAAGGCCAGCAUGCCGAGGAGAAGCGCCAGAUGGGCGAAAGGGUGACCCUCUACCAGGCCUCUUGGGACAAGCUGGAGGAGGCUCGCAAGGAGUCCAAGGGUCUGCCCGACCAGCGGGAGAUCAACGAAUCCCUCAGUUUCACCGCCGAUGUCGUGGAGGCCAAGCGGAAGAAUGCCAAAAACGAGAACGAGUUCAUCUACCACGAGGCAGUGCCUGAACUGUCCACGAUUGCUGCAGUUCAGGGCGCCAACUUGGUGAACGGAAUCGGCUUCCAGGUGACAGAUGAGGAGCAUGCCGGACCGGAUAUCUUUGCAAGACUGGUGCCGAUGAAAGCCCACGAGGCCAGCUCUCUUUACAGCGAAGAAAAGGCCAAGGUUCUGCGGAAAUAUGGAGCUCUGCUAGAAGAGAAGGAUACCCAGCUGGAGGCCUACAUGAGCUCCCUAACGCUCGACAAUCUGAACAUCAACGAGGAGCAGGCCAACAAGCUGCCGCAGGGCAUCGUGGAUCGAUGUGCCGCCUUGAAUGCCAACAAAACGGCGAUAAGUGACCUGGUGGAGGCCAUGUCGCAGCUAGCCGAGAUUACCGCCGAUGUGGAGACCAAUCUCAACGAGCUGUCGCAGAUGCUGGAGGCCGAAAACCAGGCGGAGAGGGAGUUCCAAACGGCCAGUGGAGUACAGCGUACUCCAAACGCCCACAUAACCGAAUUGUCGCGAGAAUUCCAGAAGUACAGUGAAGCCCACGCUCGGGCAGGGGAAUCUAACAACACGCUAAGGAAGGCAAUGAGCCUGCAUGUGAAUAACUUGAAGAUCCUGGCCAGACCGUUGCCCGAAAUCCAGCAACUGAUGCCCAAGCUAAGUUCCGAGCUGAACACCACCGAGAUCUUCAGGGACGUGAAGCUCAUCCUCAACAAGGUCAACGAAAUGAAGGCCCAACGGGCCCAGUUCCAUGCGGACUUGAGAAUCGCCAUCAAUGAGGACGACAUCACCGGAAAGGUGAUUGCCCACGGGGGUCAGGAGGGUCUGCAGGCGCUCUUCGCCACCGAACUGGCAAAGCACGACAAGAUCACCCAGCUGCUGGACCAAAACAUGCUGGCCCAGGCCAAUAUUCUGCAAGCUCUCACCGAAAACUACGCCAAGGCGGCACCGGUGCUCAAGACACUCCAGGAUGUGAAGCAGAAGCGGGAGCACUUCUACAGCUCCCUGGCUGCCUCCUAUGAUGUCUAUGAGGAUCUGCUGGCCAAGUCCGCCAAGGGCUUGGAGUUCUACAAGAAGCUGGCCGGCAACGUCCAGAAACUGUUGACCCGUUUCCGUUCGGCCAGGGAUGUGCAGUCCGAGGAGCGGCAGCAAAGGAUGCAGAGCGUCAAGGCGGCCACCCCAGUGGUGGCUAGUAGACCGGCCCAGGAAGCAGCUCCGCCCACGCCCACCACUGUUAGUAGCACGCCCAAGCUGAGGGACUACCUGAAGGCCAAGGCAGCCAUGGCAGACAUUGCCAAUCCAGGGUUUGUUCCCACUGUCCGUCCUGUUCCCGUGGGCUCCGAGAAUCCCACCCAGGCCGCCUGCUCCACCUAUGCCACAGCUCCGCCCAACGAACCGCCACCACCCUACAGCCUCCAGCAACAGCAGUAUUUCGAUCCCAGCGCCGCGGGCUACACCAAUCCCAUGUACCAGCAGCAGCAGCAAAAUAUUGCUCCGCCGGCCUACAAGGCCCAGCCGUCGCCCAACUCCCAGACCCUCCACGGGGCCAUGGGGCAGCUGAGCAUGCAGCCGGAUGCCAGUACGGGAGGUUAUAGCUACGGCUACCCAAGCGGAGCUGUUCCGCCACUGGCGUACGCUGCGCCUGGAGCAGCACCUGGAGCGCUGCCUGGAUCGGCUCCGGCAGCUGUUGCUUCUUCGGCUGAGCAGGGUUUCAACUACCAGCAGCCCUUGUAUGUGGCCACUUCAGUGAACGCCAACCCAAGUCCCAGCCAUGGAGAGGUGCCCUCUUCUCUGCAGGCUCCCUAUGUGGUGAAUCAGGCAUCGAAUCCUUACCAGGCACCAGGCGGCUAUCCUGGACAGAGUUAUCAACAACCGGUGGCCUUUAACCAAGCAUCUUCUGGCUAUGGAACAGGAGCAGGACAGGCCCAGCAACCUCUGAGCUAUGCUCCGAAUCAGACCCAGGCUUCGGGGUAUCCAGCACAGACUUCACAAGCCUCACAGCAUCCACCAGCUGCGUAUCCGCAAUCCCAGACUCCCCAGCAGCCAUCUGUCGGAUAUCCACAAUCCCAGACUCCUCAGCAGCUGUCCACUGGAUACCCAAGUCAAUCUCAGCCUAGCUCAGCAUAUGCCCAGGCCGCUGGAUACCCCCCAGUUCAGACAUCGCAGCAACAGGCCGCCGGAUACCCACAGUCCGCAACGCCCCAGCUACAACCCACUGGAUACCCACAGGCCCCAACUCCGCAACAGCCCCUGGGAUAUGCCCAACCACCGGCUGGUUAUGUUCCACAGCAACCCACGCUGUUUCCCUCGCAAGCUGUCCAGUCAUCGCCUCAACCGACUGCAGGCCAUCAAUCCUCGCCAGCUGUUGCUGCUCCUGUUGCGUCUCCUGCCCCUGCUCCAGCACCCUCAGUUGCUCCAAGUCAAGCCUCCGUUCCCCCUCAAGUUCCUGCAUCUUCGCAAGCUCCUUCGGCCACCUACAUCAGCUACUCCAACCAUCCAGGGUACAGCUUCAAUCCGCAGACCGGAAACUACGAGUACAGCAGCGGAUACCAGCAAGACAACAGUACCCUGAAGGGUGCCCAAGGAUCCCAGGGCUACCAGUUCAGCCAGAGUGGCAAGCAACAAGCAGUGGGCACUACGGACUCGGAGAACGCCAAUCGCAGUAAUCCAGCAACAGGUUUCGAUUCCCCCAUCAUCUCCCACACCAAGGCAAGUCUACCGGGCACGGACCCCACUUCCACCGGCGUGAAUCCGGAGUCAUCCAACUACUUCACAACUCAAUAUGGCUACCAAGGCAACGGCAGCGUCCAAAAUCAGCAACAGCAGCAGGAACCACAGCACCAGCAGCCCAAUCCCACGCAUCAGGCGAAACCCACGGGAUCCAUUUACAUUCAAAGUGGUGCCAGCAGCGUGGCCAACACCCAAACGACCACCAGUGGACCGCCCUACGCCUCCUCCACCAGCUCGACCACACCCCAGGUGCCGGAGGUGAAAGCUCAGCCUGUGGCGCCCAAGCCCACCAGCAAUGUGGAUUUGCUGAGCGACCUAGACAUCGAUUGCUCCGCCGCAGUGCCGCCUCCAAUGCUGCCGCAGCCCGUGCUUCAGCCGCAGGUGGUGGUAGCAGCCACACCCACUCCCCCAGCGAGUCAGGUAUCUGCGCCUGAAGCUGUUGUGGAAUCGGUGUCCACCUCCCCGCAGGUACCUCCUCCAGCAGCAGCGGAGGAGAGCCCCUUAGCUGCAGUAACUGCUCCUGCGUCUGCACGGCGAUCAAGCUUAGGCAACCUCUCCAACUGCUCGGAUCUGAGCUCUCUGGAGAACUUUGACUGGGACUCUGUUUCCCUCACACAUUCCGCUACCGAGAAGCAGACCAAACCUGCAGCAUCUGCCAGCAAUGGCACUUUCAGCAACUUUUCAUUCCAAACCGAAACAUUCACGGACGAGAAGACGACAAAGUAUUUCCAAAAGGAGGUGGAGAGCUAUGAGAAGCUCCUGGAGAACCUCCACGUCAAGAUGCUAAAUGGUACGACCCAGUUGGGGGCCAAGUGGCAGGAGUUGCAGAAGAUACUGGACAAGGAGGCCAGCACCAAUAAGCGAUCCACAACCAUCGCCAAACUGUUUCCCGAGAAGAAUCGUUCCCUCGACUGUCUGCCCUACGAUCAUGCUAGGGUCAAGUUGGAUAAGCAGACCGAUGACUACAUCAAUGCUGCCUAUAUGAAGAACCUGAGUGUUGGAUGCCCCAACUUCAUUGUGGCUCAGACCCCGCAGGCCAACACCAUCAAUGAUUUUUGGUCCAUGAUCUGGUCGGAGAAGUCGCGUUCUGUGGUGUGUUUGCAUACCACCAAUGAGUUAUUUGAUCCCUACUGGCCUCAGGACCUGGACCAACCCACACACUACGAUGACUUCACGGUGACCUGUGUGAAGAUUCAGCAACUAAGCCAUUGCACCGAGUAUCAGCUCAAGUUGUCCAUGCAUGGAGCCGAUGCUGUGCUGGACUUGUCUCUGCUGCAGCUUAAAAAGUGGACCAAGGGAUCCCCCGCUCAACUGUUGGGAGUGGCUGAGAAUGCUUUGGACACCCAUCGGGAGCGUUGCCGGGCAGCUAAUACCCCGAACUCGCCGCUCAUCAUGAAUUGCCUGACGGGUUCGGAGCGCUCGGAACUAGUGGUCAUUGGAGUAUGCGCCAUCAUAGCCACCCAGAGCAAGCAGCCUAUUUUGAUAAAUGUCGUGGAUGUUUGGUCUCGCAUUUCCUCACAGCGUCAGAACUCCCUUCGAGAUGCCGGCAUCCUGGAGCAGUCCAUGCAGAUUGUCCUAAGCAAUGCCCACAACGUGCUAAACAAACGUGGCAUUAUGACCUCAUAUCAGAUGAAGAUGGCGCCCCAGGUGACCGCCAAGGAGCAGCAGGAGACCAAGGAUCCGCUCAACGAAUUGGAUGCACUCUGGAAGCUUAAAUAAACGACUGACAAGCUAUACCACACAUUUAAUAAUCAAAUCGAGUAUUUAAACAAAAAAAUAUUUAUAAAGAAAGGACAUUGUUGGAAACAAUUUAAAACGAGGGAAGAGAAAGUAGGG